AUUUUCAUCGCCAUGAUGGACAUCGUGACGCUGUGCCUGAACGACCCAGAGCGAGGCCGGUGGGUUGCCGCCGCGCGAGACAUCCCUGUGGGCGCACUUGUCUUGGAGUCGAAGCCAUAUUCAUAUGUACUGUCUCCGUCCUUAUGGACAGAGCGAUGCCAGGUGUGCUUUCAGUCAACAUCCAAGCUGUCUCGCUGCGGACGAUGUCGGCUAGUGUACUAUUGCUCCAAGGCGUGUCAAUUGCAGGAUUGGCAAACCAACCACAAGCUUGAGUGUUCGAGGCUGCUGGCGAUGACCCAGCAGGCAACGCACCCAGCUGCGUUGUCGGAUGCUCUCUUGGUGGCCCGCGUCCUGCGAAAGGAAGCUGCCCAACACCACAGCAGCGACGCCCCACUACGAUCUGAAUCGUUGUUGCCAUCGGACUUGGUCUGGUUUGACGAAGAUCGGUCGGAGAUGCAGUCCCUAGCGUCCUGGCUCACAACCCAUCACGCCAAGCUCUUUCCAGAUACAACCACGUCAAAAGAAGUGGAAGAAAUGCUGUGUCGAUUCCGCAGCAACAAUUUCACCAUCACCGACGAACUCUUGUUGGAUGUUGGUGCAGGAUGCUUCCCUUGGGGUGCCAUGGUGAACCACAGUUGCGCCAACAAUUGCGUUAUCACAUAUGCUCCAUCUUCGCAAACCUUGCAACUCCGAGCGAUUCAGCCCAUUCUUCAAGGCGCUGAGAUCACCCAGCCAUAUGUGGACGUAGGGUUACCAUUGGCGAAACGGCGGGAUGCACUGCGGCGCCAUUAUCAUUUCGACUGCGCAUGUGCUCGAUGCACAAGCCAACAGCAUGAUGAAAUAGACCAAGACGCCGAAUCAAGCAACUCGGACCACAAGGUAUUGCUGCAGCAAGCCGCGGCAUGGUGCGAGGCUGCCGCGGUCGCAACGUCUCCGGAGUCAGCGAUCGAGCUCUACCGACGUGGCUUGGACGCGAGGGAGAAAGGCCUGUCGAACCCGUGGAACGUGUUGAUUUUGGAAGUGCACUCGCAGAUGCUGACGCUACACAUUGAAAUGGGCAAUGGACACGACGCCGUGCAAACAGCUCGCGCGAUUUACGCGUUUUACAAACGCCUGUAUCACCCCAACCACCCGCUCACGGGUCUGCACUUGUACACGCUUGGCGACCUCGAAUCGCAGUGCCAUGAUGACGGCGGUGCGGUGCAACAUCUCAACGAGGCAUUGCGCAUAUUGACCAUCACCCACGGGGCCAAUCAUGCCAUGGUGCAGACGUUGAAGGCGCGCAUGAACGAAUUCCGUCCAUCGGUCCCACCGCUACCGCCAAGAUCGUAGGGGGCGUCUGGUUUUGCUCGUUCUUGUCGAAAGGACAUCCAAAGUAACCAGCCAAUCAGAGAUGGUCAUUUGGUCAUGUUGAAGAUCCGCCUUUUGUAUCCGGAUUUUGGGUAUGAUUUUAUUUUAUCACUUG